AUGGGGCGGAAGCCCCCUUCAAGAGGUUCACAAACACAUGCACAAUAUCACAGAUAUGAAAAUGAAACUGUGUUUUCUUAUAUUGAUUUUUACUAUCUUUUUUCCUUUGUUUUUUUUCUGGCGUCAGAACGGGACGAAUCCAGUGAGCAGACAACACAGAACACCACACUCGUGGAGAAAACAAAAGAGGUGGAGAAUGGCAGCAACAACAACAACAGUUUGUCUCAGCUGGACCUUACCAGUGCUCUUGGCAAAAGCAUAACAUAUCAACCUCAGGCACGGUCUACGCCCAUCCACCCCACGCUAGCUAACUCUGCUGGAUCAGCGACGCUGCUAAGGUACGGCAGCAAGCCUCAGAGCAACGGAGUUAAGAACGGAACCUUUUCACGAGCUGCGUCCUCAUCCUCGUCUUCAUCGUCGGCUCAUAAAUGCCCUAAGAAGCUGCAUUCCAACCCUUCCAUCAACAGCCAAAGCAGCAAGAGGAGCAAAGGUAGCUCUAAAUCCAACAGCUCCCAGAUCCCCACAGAGGCCCAGGAUGAUUGCUGCGUCCACUGCAUCCUGGCCUGUCUGUUCUGCGAGUUCCUCACGCUGUGUAACAUUGUGCUGGACUGUGCCACGUGCGGCUCCUGCGCAUCAGACGAAGCGUGCUUCUGCUGCUGCUGCGCUUCCGAGGAAUGCGGCGACUGCGACCUCCCCUGCGACAUGGACUGCGGCAUCAUUGACGCAUGCUGCGAGUCUGCAGACUGUCUUGAGAUCUGCAUGGAAUGCUGUGGGCUGUGCUUUUCGUCCUGAGACUUCUGUAAGGAGCGCAUUGCAUUUCACCUAUUGAUGAUCUGAGAAACAAGCAAAGAAUAGAUGAUCUGGAGUAGACACAAACUAAGCCGAAGACAAUCAGAUGAGCAGACAUUAGGCUUGCACAUCACUGGCCCUAACAUGAUGAUCGUUCUGAUUACAUUCCAGUUGCGUUUUCUGAACUGACCUGUUUACUCUUCUUUAAGAAGAUGGGCUGAUUCAGCAACAUUGUUCCUUCUACGUUUUCUGGACUUGAAUGGUUUCUGGAAGUAAAAUGUGUGUUGAGUCUGCCUUGGCAAGAUGAUGAAUGCAAGACACAGUCCACAAAACGUUUGAGAUCAUGACUCUUCCUGGUCCAGAAACUAGGAACGAGUGCUCGGGUUUCAUGCGUAAAUGUCAGCAUUUAUUAGUAGUUUGAAAUUGUCUUAAUGCCAGAUUUUAUUAACAACCCUGAUGUGUUGUACAAAACAAUUCCAUCUUUAAAACAUUCCAACUUUGAGUUCUCUUGUUAACAUGUACAAUACACUCGCAGGAAUUGUACCCUUCUUCUUAAUCAUUAAUUCUAAAUAUCAGCUGUCAAUAUGUACAGGACACUUUCUGUAGUACACUGGUGUAGUCCUUCAGUCACUGGCUACAGCGCUAAGGAUUACAGAUAACAAACUGUGAGUGUGGGACUCAUAGAUGCAUGCGAGUGGGAGAAAGACGUGUAUAUUUAAUAUAUGGUGCCUUACUACACUUGUAUAAUAGGUUGUGUGAGGUGAAAGUUAUGUUGUUUCCUAUAUUUGGACCUGUGAUUUAUUCUAAUUUUUUGUCAAAAUUUCAAAGUGUGCUCUUAGAAUGACAAACGUUGCGUUCAUAUUAAUAACAAAUUUGCAAAAAACAGCAUAUUUAAAUGAGAUAAUUCUUUGAUGUUAAGGAAUAUAAAAAACAUUUUAUUCUCUCUCUACACCAUUCUGGAAAAUUAUACUGUAAGUGGUUGUGAAUUGUUCCCACGUUUUUGCUUUUAAUGUGAAAUGGUUUUUCUGUUCCAACUCUUUCUUUUUAAAUCAAUUGUGUGACCUUAAACGUCAGGUAACAUAUCUAGUACCUAUUGUAUUUUUCCAUGUAGUAAAUUACAUUAGCAUUAGGUAUUCCUUUAUCCUUAAAAGGUCUAUUGCAGUAUAUUAUAUAGCACAUUGCAUUUUAGCAUUGUGAGCAUCACUACAUCAUGCUCCUCCUUACUACAGUAACAAAAUGAUCUCACAGAAAGAUAGUGAAAGUGAUGCAUUGAUUUGAAUUGUUUACAUUAAAUGCACUUCUGUAUUCUUGCUUGCCUUAAAACUGGAGCAAAAAGAUUUCUAAACUGGACAAUAGAGGGCUAAACAUCCAACUCGUGUUAUGGGAAUAAAGCAAUCCAUCA